UCCAAGCCCUGCUAGGUGGCCAGCUGAGACGGGACGCCGGUGGGAAGGAGAACAGAGGCUCCUCCGCGGACCCUGCGGACACACUGUCCUGCCCUUCCUCUGCGCCAUGGCUUAAUACCGCGGCCACCUCGCCUGGCGUCGCCUGGCUUGGCCAGGGUCUGCGCGCCGUCGCAGCCGCAGGGAGUGGCGCGCCCCAGACGCCUUCGCCUGGGGACUCGGGGACGUCUUUCUUCUCACCUACGGUACCUGCGGCAGACUGCGUUCCCAAGACCUUUGCAGCCGGUAAUCUAGGGACUUUAUCUCAGUGACAGCUUUGCCGGCCCGACCUUCCUGGGUGCUUUCUGAGGGAGAAGGGAGAGGUUCUCAGGCCACCAAGGAAAAAACGGUGGGAAUCAGAUUGGCUGGUCAAGGGCCAAGGGACUGAAAGAGAUUAGAGACUUGCUUUAGAACCACAAAAAGAAGGGAAGGCCAGCUUUGCAGCUAACAUCAUGGCGUGGCCGUGCAUCACGCGGGCUUGCUGCAUCGCCCGCUUCUGGAACCAGCUGGACAAGGCGGACAUCGCUGUGCCGCUGGUUUUCACCAAGUACUCGGAGGCCACCGAGCACCCGGGCGCCCCGCCGCAGCCGCCGCCGCCGCAGCAGCAGCCGGCGCAGCCGGCGCACGCGCCCCCCUCGGCGCGGGCGGUCGCCAUAGAGACUCAGCCGGCCCAAGGCGAGUUGGAUGCAGUUGCCCGGGCAACAGGGCCGGCGCCAGGGCCUAGUGGCGAACGCGAGGCGGCAGCCGCCUCCGGCCGGAGCGCACUCGGCCCGGGCCCGGGCCCAGGCUCCGGCUCCACCUCCGGCGCGGGCCCGGUGGACUCGGUGAUGCGUCAGGACUACCGCGCCUGGAAGGUGCAGAGGCCCGAGCCGAGCUGCCGGCCGCGCAGCGAGUACCAACCUUCCGACGCGCCCUUCGAGCGGGAGACCCAGUACCAAAAGGACUUUCGCGCCUGGCCGCUGCCGCGCCGUGGGGACCACCCGUGGAUCCCCAAACCUGUGCAAAUCCCCACCUCCUCCCAGGCUUCAGCGCCUAUUCUCGGGGCGCCCCGGCGCCGGCCUCAGAGCCAAGAGCGCUGGCCAGUGCAGGCCGCCACUGAGGCCUCGGAGCCGGCGACGGGCCCUGGCGGAGCUGGUGUGCUAGCGGCAGGAAAGGCGUCGGGUGUGGAGGAGCGCGACACACGCAGGAAGGCCGGGCCCACCUGGAUGGCGCGUCGCCCCGAGGGGCUGGGGCACGAGCAGACGCCGCUGCCCGCAGCCCAGACAGGCCCCGAGGGUGGCAAGGGGCGUGCAGCAGCUGAUGCCCUCAAUAGGCAAAUCCGCGAGGAGGUGGCGAGUGCAGUGAGCAGCUCCUACAGGAAUGAAUUCAGAGCAUGGACGGACAUCAAGCCUGUGAAACCAAUAAAAGCCAAGCCCCAGUACAAGCCCCCAGAUGAUAAGAUGGUUCAUGAGACCAGCUACAGUGCCCAGUUCAAAGGGGAGGCCAAUAAGCCAACACCAGCUGACAAUAAGUUCAUUGAGCGCAGAAGAAUACGCAGCCUCUACAGCGAACCUUUCAAAGAACCGCCAAAGGUGGAGAAACCUAGUGUUCAGAGCUCCAAACCAAAAAAGACCUCCGCGAGCCAUAAGCCCCCGAGGAAGUCCAAAGACAAGCAGGUGGUGUCGGGCCGAGCAUCCAAGAAAAAGAGCUCGGAGGGCCCCAGCGCCGCCCAACCCGACGACAAGGAGCAAAGUAAAGAGAUGAACAAUAAACUGGCUGAGGCGAAAGAGAGCCAGGUCGAUCCCACCCGUGAUUCACAUAAGAAUCGAGGGCCUGUAGCCACAGAGCCAGACAAGGAUAAAGGUACCGUGGGCCUGGGGCCUGUGAAAGACCAAGGUCCUGUGGUCCAAGAGCCUCCAAAGGAUCAAGGCCCUGCCGUUCCAGAGCCUCUGAAGGAUCAAGCUCCUGUGGUCCCAGGGCCUCUGAAGGACCAAGGUCCCAUGGUCCCCACACCAGUUAAGGAUCAAGAUCAUGCGGUCCCUGGGCCUUUAAAGAAUGAAGGUUCUGUGAUCUCAGCACCAGUCAAAAACCAAGGUUCCUUGUUCCCGGUGCCUCUAAAGAAUCAAAGUCCUGUGGUUCCAGCAAGAGUUAAGGAUCAAGGUUCCACGGUGCCAGAGACUACCAAGGAUCAAGGUCCUAUGGUUCCAGCACCUGUCAAAGAUCAAGGUCCUAUGGCCCCACAGCAUCUGAAGGAUCAAAGUGCCACGGUCAUAGCACAUGUAAAGAAUGAAGGUCCUAUGCUCUCUGAGCCUGUAAAGAGCCAAGGUUUAGUGGUCUCAGAGCCAGUCAAGGAUCAAGGUGGAGUGGUCCCAGAGCUUCUGAAGGAUCACGGUUCUGUGGUUGCAGCACCUGCAAAGAAUCAAGGUUCUAUGAUCCCAGAACAAGUCAAGGAUCUGGGCCCCGUGGUUCCUGAGCCUCCAAAGAGUCAAGGUCCUAUGGUUCCAGCACUGGUCAAGGAUCGAGGUCCCAUGGUCCCUGAGCCUCCAAAGAUUCAAGAUCCUGUGGUCCAUGAGCCUGUGAAGAAUACAGUCCCUAUAAUCUCGGUGCCUCUGAAAGAUCAAGAUCCUCUAGUGCCACCACCAGCCAAGGACCAAGGUCCUGUGGUCCCUGAACCUCUGAAGACUCAGGGUCCCAGAGGCCCACAGCUGCCCACUGUCUCACCUCCACCCCCGGUCAUGAUCCCAACUGUCCCCCAUGCAGAAUAUAUUGAGAGUUCUCCUUGACGCUCACUGCUUGACACCAAGGAAGGGGCUGGCAGUGAAAGUGCUCCCUCCCCAGGGCAGCGAAGACUCAACAUUUAAUCUGCAUGAAACACUAUUGUGUA